UCCACCCUGCCGGCGCCACACGUUCUGAUCGACAGCGGGGGCGGAAGGGCAACGCCGCCGCCGCCGGCGCGGUGGUGGCGGCGAUCGCAAGGGAACAGCGCCGCCUGCACCACCACCAUCACCGCCGCCGCCGCCGCCGCGGCGUAGAAGUGGAGAUGCGUCGUUGUAGCGGCCGCUGCCCCCCGUCAGGGCGUGUCCCGGCCGCCCCCACGCCCCGGCCUCACGCCCUUGUGCGCGCCGCCCGCCGUCCGCCCCCGCCGCGGGUGACGCCGACAGCCGCGGCAGUUGUCGUACCGGGCCGCCAACGCCCGCAGAGCAGACGCAGUGGCGCGCCGCCGCCCGGGAGCCAGUGUCCAGCGUGUGUGUCCCGCCGCCGCCCCCGCCGCCAUGAACCUGGACGAGCGGCUCAUCAUCGAGGUGCAGCAGUACCCGGGCCUGUACGACCAGACCAGCCCCGACUACCGCGACCUGCGCAAGAAGGAGACCAUGUGGCAGGCCGUGGCCGACAGCCUGGGCCUGCACGUCCGCGAGUGCCAGGCGCGGUGGCGCGUGCUGCGGGACAAGUUUGCUCGUGAGAUGCGGAAGAACGUGAACGCGAAGAAGGCGGGAGCCAGCGCCCUGCAGGUGUACCAGGGCAGCUGGGCGCUCAUGUCACACCUCAUGUUCCUCACCUCGCACGUCAGGCACAGGACCGCGCAGGGACCGCUGAAGAAGAAGACCCCCUCGGAGGCAGGCAUCUCAGAGGAAGAGGAGGAGUGUGACCUUACCGACGAGGAGCCUCCAUCCCCGUCUCCCCCGCUGACCAAGAGGAUCAAAACCGAAGUGGACUCGUACCAAUCCUCCGAAGGGGAAUCCAAGCGCACUCUGGCGGGGACGCUGGAGUGGGAGGCGGACGCGGAGAGGUUGUUCUGCCUGUCGCUGGUACCCGUCAUGCGCCGCCUCGACCCUGACAAACGCAGCCUGGCCAAGCUCCACAUUCAGCGCCUCCUCCACAACCUCGAGUUCCCGCAGGUCAAAGUGGAGUUGCGGAGUGGGUGACGCUAGGAGGGGGCUUUGAGUUAGGGGGGCGGGGGGGGGGGUUACUAUUGUGUUUUUGGAGGGUGAGAAGUGACCUAACCUGACCUCACCUACAUGUCUUUUGUUUUGGGGGUAUUAUUUUUUUGGAGGAAGUUAGAGAAGUAAUCUAACCUGACCUGACCUCACCUGGAUGUCUUUUGUUUCUGGGGUAUUAUUGUAUUUUUGAGAGAGUAAGAGAAGUGACCUCACCUGACCUCACCUGGAUGUCUAUUGUUUUGAGGUAUUAUUCUAUUUUGGAGGAAGUAAAUGAAGUAACCUAACCUGACCUGACCUGACCCAACCUGGAUGUCUUUUGUUUUGGGGUAUUAUUCUAUUUUGGAGGGAGUAAUUGAAGUAACCUGACCUGACCUCACCUGGAUGUCUUUUGUUUUUGGGGUAUUAUUCUAUUUUGGAGGAAGUAAAUGAAGUAACCUCACCUGACCUCACCUGGAUGUCUUUUGUUUUGGGGUAUUAUUCUAUUUUGGAGGAAGUAAAUGAAGUAACCUGACCUGACCUCACCUGACCUCACCUGGAUGUCUUUUGUUUUGGGGUAUUACUGUAUUUUGGAGGGAGUAAGAAGUGACCUAACCUGACCUGACCUCACCUGGAUGUCUUUUGUUUCUGGGGUAUUAUUGUAUUAUGGAGGAAGUAGGAGAAGCAACCUGACCCAACCUGACCUUCUUGUGUCGGGUCAGUCCUGGGUGGAGGAGAAAAAGGGGACGCCCACGUAGCUCAUGGUAGAGGCAAGUAGAUCGAUCCUGCCGGGAGGGACUUGAGAUGGACGGUAGCUGCGCGUUAGCUUGUUCGGGUCAGGGGGUGGAGGCGGCGAGUGAGUGAAGCGACGCGUCCCCUGGGUGUACGCUCCCCAUUAGUUAGUUAUUAAUUGGAGGAGGUGGGAAAGGUUUUGGGAGAAGGUUACGUGAGAUUGUUUUGUUGUUUUGAUUUGUGAGGACUUGGGACUGAUUUUUCUUUUCUCGAACUUUUUUUUAGGGGGGAGGGGGGGCAAGGGUUUAAAAAGGGGGUCAUAUCUUGGGGGGGGGAGUACAGUGUGAAAGGAAAGGGGAGGAAAGGGAAAGUAAAGGGGUAGAUAUUGGGGAAAACAAGGAAGGGUAUUUGAAGGGGUAGAGGAGGAGGAAGGGAGGUAACUUUGGAGAGGUAGAGGAGGAGGAAGGGAGGUAACUUGGAGAGGGAGAGGAGGAAGGGAGGUAACUUUGAAGAGGGAGAGGAGGAGGAAGGGAGGUAACUUUGGAGAGGGAGAGGAGGAGGAAGGGAGGUAACUUUGGAGAGGGAGAGGAGGAGGAAGGGAGGUAACUUUGGAGAGGUAGAGGAGGAGGAAGGGAGGUAACUUUGGAGAGGUAGAGGAGGAGGAAGGGAGGUAACUUUGGAGAGGGAGAGGAGGAGGAAGGGAGGUAACUUUAGAGAGGGAGAGGAGGAAGGGAGGUAACUUUGGAGAGGGAGAGGAGGAGGAAGGGAGAUAACUUUGGAGGUGUAGAGGAGGAGGAAGGGGGGUAACUUUGGAGAGGGAGAGGAGGAGGAAGGGAGGUAAUUUUUUUGAAGGGAGGAGAUAAACUAGAAAAGAAGGGACCAUUAUGAUUUUUGGAGUGAGGGGGCUGGGGAGAGGGGAGAGAAAACAGGGAGGAGGGGAGAUGAUUUUCUCUCUCCUUGUUUAUUUUCUUUAUUUUUUCUUAUGGGGGGCAGCAGAUGGGGGGCUUUUUUGCUUUACCUAACUUAUUUUUUUAUUAAAGGGGUUUGGGAGGAGGUGAAGGAAAGAAAAAGAAAGAAAAGUAGAAGAAAGUUAUCAUCAUCAUUAUUAUUAUUAUUGUUAUUAUUAUUAUUAUUAUUAUUAUUGUUAUUGUUAUUAUUAUUAUUGUUACUGCUGCUCCUGUUAUGGAUACGCUUACUCGUAUUAAACAUGUUCCUAAACGUGAG